UCGAUCACGCACCUUACGAGUGCGAAAAUAGGUUUUCUUUUUGUCAACAUAGAACUUGCUCUGUCAUGCAUGAAUUGCAACAUUAAAAAAUGAUUACAAUGUUUAUUAUUAUUCAAAUGACUCAGCAGAAUUAAAAACAACUUUGGACUCAUGACACUCGCACAAACUGAAGUGACUGAUGUAAAUUAAACUCUGCUCGGACUUCAGAAAACGUGAUUCACACAGCCGGGCCGACUACCUCAAUCAUGAUCAUUGUUACAACUUGCUUUUUUGUAUUCUUAAACUAGGCUUGGUUGGCUAGGGCCUCGUAUUGUCAAAACUUGAUUAAAUAAUUAUGAUAAAAACAAAAUUGCAACCAUACUACAACAAUGUCACAUGUGGGGUGUACUGCACUGCCGUGGUAAUGCUGCUGAUUCGGAAAACAUCAAGGACUAAGUACGAAUUCCAGUAAAAACAUCUGACAUCAUCAUGUACAGAUUACCAAGAGUAAUCCAGGGCCAUCAGAGGAUGCUGGGUAAGCUUCGCCCACAAGAUGCCAAACAAAUCGUGAAGAAGGCUCUUGAACAACUCAGUGCCAAUCCUGAUCCUAAGAUACGACACAUUGAGCACCUUAAGACUGUCUCCCAGGGGAUACAACGGGAAUACUUUCACACAGGGGGGCGCUAUCCCGCUAAUGGUAAAUCUCUUUUUGGAGAUUCAUAUGAGGUAUGGUCAGAUGACAUGGCUUGCAUACUACAGGGGACCUGCCUCCCUGGUAGCACAAAGUACUGCCGUACCAAAUCCAUGUUUGGCAAGCUUGAUUUGACUGACAUUAUGCAGGGAACAUCAACUAAACGCCAAAUGUCCACUUUGACCAUGGCCUCCGCACCAAUCUGUCGUACCUUUCACACAUUGGUAAUUCCUACACUUACUUCAGGUCUUCAAGUACGUCAGCAGCUACCGAGAAAGGUCUAUGGCCAUGAUGGUAGCCGGGCUAGUAGCUGUUUGAAGUCUGGCUUGUCUAAGGACGAAUGGAAUGAAGAGAUUGCGUGUGUUCUUCAAGGAACUUGCCUUCCUGGAAGUACCCGAUAUUGCCGUACUAAGUCUAUGUUUGGCUCGUUGAACCUGAAAGAUGUAAUGCAAGGGUCAUUGCAUCGAUGCUACAGCACUAGGCCAUCAUCAUCAGACACCCAAACGUCAUCAUCUGCAACAGCAGAUAGCCAGCUUACACAGCGUCAGAGGCUCACCAUUGCCAUGAGAGAUUAUGGCUCUACUGUAAUAGUCUUCCACAUCUGUAUCUCCUUGAUGUCUCUGGGAAGCUUUUAUCUUGCCGUCUCCAGUGGUUUAGAUGUGCAGUCUCUUCUGAAGACCAUUGGUUUAAGCUCAGAUACUGUGUCUUCACGGAUUGCAACUGGUACAAGUACAUUCCUGGUGGCAUAUGGUGUUCAUAAGGUGUUUGCACCAGUGCGGAUUGCUGUAACCUUAACUUGCACACCGUUUAUUGUGCGCUACCUACGUGGUAUUGGUUUACUGAAGAUUAAAUCUGUACCUAUUUCAAAAUGAUUUGCGGCUUUUGAAAAUUCUUAUUGCACUUUUACAAUAAAUCAUUUGCAGUUUGCACACACAACAAAAUGCUGAAAGUGUGACAUUUUAACCCUCGCAGAGUCUUUCCCAAAGGCUUUAUGACAACACACAUGAACAAGUACAAAACACUCGUAACAGAACCAGAUGGCUUGAAAUACCAGCCCCCUUCCCUCCACUACCUUUGUCCCCUUAUCCAUUGUUAACCCCCUUACUUUUUCAGUGCUGUGUGCCCCUUUCCCUAUUCUUCUGUUCCACUUCAAUGCUUCUGCGUAACAGUUUGUGAUUGAUGUUUUUCAGUUUAGUCUGAGAAAGACUCUGGAUUAAUCUUAUCUCGAGUUAGGAGUAACCUGUCUUCGGAUACGGAACUGAACUCGUUCUAAGGCCUAAAAUUAAUUCCAAGUUUGGAUGAGUUAGUUGAAAUUGACAGCAGGGAUCGAAAUAUCAUGCCAUUAACUAUUGUUUGCAUUUAUACAUGUACCAUAGGUCCUUUUGGUUGGGAAGCAGUUUGCAGCAGCUUAUUUUAUUUUCUCCUAAAUCAUAUUAAAUUUAUAGUUCCAUCCUGUGUUGUAAUGUAUACUGCUGUACACAUAAUGUGUCAAUAACAAAGACAUCUGCAUCUCCCUUGCACAGGACAUUGAGCAGUCUUGAGAUAAUUAACUUGCAUUCCAGCAGCAGGAAAAGAAAACCAACAAAUUAAACACCAAAUGACAUAGAAUACCAACAUUGUCACUUUGUUGUUGAACUCGGACCAAAUUUACGUAACUAGACUGCCUGCUUCAUUUUUGAAAGGGCAAGGGCACCCAAGGCAUUUUCUCCUUGGUAAAGGGCACCCUGAGAGGAAGUUGUAAACUUGUACUGUAGCGUUACUAGGGCACCAAGGCAAACUGAUAUCCAGGGGGCAUGUAGGCAAUCGCCUUCCUUGCCUCCAUGAAGUAUCAGAGACCAGUCUUCUCACUGGUGUAUCCCAAUAUAAGCAUCAAAUAACAAGC